AUGGGAGGAUGCGUGAGCAACUUAAUCAAGAACAUUGUUGGCUCAGGUGUUCUCUGUUUGGCUGGAGGCGUCGCUGCCUUCUCGGAUCAGCGGCAGACUUUGGUGCUGGCGUUGGGGAUCGCCUUCACUUUUGCCGCUAUCGCGGGAUACUGCUUUGCGAUGAUCGGGAAAGUAUGCGAGAUGACUGGAGCGAAGAGCUACACCGAGGGCUGGGCCAAAACCGUUGGCGAGUCAACUGCCUGGAUUCCAAACCUCAUCGUGGUGUUCAAGACUUGGUCAGCGUGCCUGAUUUAUUCCAUGAUCAUCGGCGAUCUGUUCUCUGACCUUGCGAUCACCGCUGGUGUGUCACAAGUCGCAGGAGUUGCUGUCAAUCGUAACUCCAUCCUCCUCGUUGCUCACCUGUUUGGUCUUCUCCCGUUGUGCCUUCUCAGAUCCUUCACUUUCCUCUCUUACGCCAGCUUCCUCGGCAUCGGAGGUCUUUUGUUCACAGCAUUCUUCAUGAUUCUGCGUCUUGUCGAGGGCUCUUAUGCCCCUGGCGGUGUCUUCUUCAAUCAGCUUGUUGCAACUGGCGGCAAGAAUGUUGUUGUGUCAUCCUUCGACGUGAUGGGAACGAAGCUGAUCAAGAGCUUGAUUCUCAUCUCCAUGUUGACUAACAGCUAUCUGUGCCACUACAAUGCCCCCAAGUUUCUGCGGGAGCUUAAGGACGCGACGCGCAAGAGGUUCGAUACUUUGACGUACUCGUCGUUCUUUGGAGCAUUCCUGAUGAAUGCGAUCUACAUGGUUGCUGGCUUCCUCACCUUUGGAGGAAUGUCAUAUGGCCUCAUUCUCAACAACUAUGCAACCUCUGACUUGCUCGCAACUAUCUCGCGAGGUGCAAUCGGUUCUUCGAUUCUGCUCGGUUACGCCUUAACAUUUGAUGGGUUUCGCACGAGCAUCUUGGAGUUCAUGAAAGUGAAGGAGCCGACCCAGAAGCUCAAGGAUGUCAUAGCUUGCGUCUUCAUAGCCUCUGUCUGUGCUGGAUCCAUGAUUUUGCGCGAUUUGGGUGUCGUUGUGAGCUUUCUUGGAGCACUGCUGGGAUCGUUUGUUAUCUACGUCUUUCCCAGGUGA